CAUUAACAUUGACUUUUGUUGACGUGGCAGCCACGUAGAUGCCACGUUAAUGACACCUCAUAUUUUUAAUUAAAAAUUAAAUAAAUUAUGUUAUUAUAAAAAUUAAAUAAAUGUAAAUUCAAUUAAUUAAUAUUGUUUCUAAAAAUUAAAAUAAAAAAUUAAAGGAAAACUCCCCCCACCGCCUCCUACUCCCUCUGCCCUUCAGCUUCUCCACUGCCGAUCCUCAUUCAUCCAAUUACAAACCCAAAUCACAAAAAUACCAACCAUCGUAAUCGAGAAGAAGGAUGAAUAGGAUGGGGCACCGGAAUCGCCAACGAUGAAGGGUAUGAGAAAGCGCAGAGAUGGAUCAGGAGAGGGAAAAGACAUGCCGACGACUAGGCGACAUCCAAUUCCGGCAUCCCCUGCCGCUCUCUGGUUUUUCUGGUCGGCCGAGCUCCGCAACCACUCUUUCCUUUUUCUUUGUAAAAUUGACUCACUCCCCUACCUUCUUCAUUUCUACCUUAGCAGAAGCUUGGAUUUCUCUUGCGUUCAUAUCCAGAGCAAGAGCAUAACAUGAGAGAAAGCAUUACCAGAUCGGAGUCCCUCUCUCGUCAUAAACCAAAAUCCGAAUUUCACAGAGACGAGAAAAGAACUUGCAUCAAACCUCCGACGGAAUCCAUGGCGGAAUCCUCUGUCACAUCGCGAGCUUUCUGGACGAUGACGACGGCGAGCUCCACCUCGUGAUGCAGCGAUUCGAGAGGAUGCGGGAUCAAGAUCUAUAGGAUCGAUUGUGCUAUGAAACUCGCAUAUCUUCACCAUUCAUCACCCCUCCUCUCUACCUUAGGUAGAAUCGCCCAGAGACGGAAUAAGAAUCGCCUCGAUUGGAGUGACAGGAAGAGGAGGACUCGAUUAGGUGGGAUGUGGCAACCGAUUAGGGAUGCGAUAAGAGGAGUAGAGGUGAGGAAGCGACAAUUGUUCUAGUGGCGGAAUCUUUUGAAAAAGAAGGGGAGAGCUGACCGGAGUUUCCGGCGGCUCGGGAAGCAAAGGAAAGGAUUCGCAUAGGAGGAGGGUUUUGGUGGUGGCGGAGGUUUCAAUUUCCAAUUUACUCAUUUUAAUUAUUUUUUAAUCAAAAGGGAAAAUUAAAAGAUAAUAAUAAAAUUUCCACGUCAGAUGCCACAUCAGUGCUGACUAGACUUUCUGUUAACAACUAACGGUCAACGCCAGUCAACUCUAACGAAAAAAUAGUUUAGGACACAAAUGUCAUAUCGAAUACUUUAGGACACAAAUGGCACAAAGUUAAUAGUUCGGGUUUCCUAGUGGUAUUAGCCCUUAUUUUUUCUUAAAUCCGAAUGUUGGUUCACGUUUUUGUGGCUUUGUUCCUGAUGCUUGUUCAGCUGAGAUCAGGCUUAAAGAAGGCGCCUAGGCUUGAGCCUUAACUGCCGUGAUUUCAUUAUGGGAUUGAAGGGACUGGGAUUUUAUAGAAGAAGACGACUUUGACCUUUCUCCUGGUCAGUGGGAUUUUUUGUUAUCUUUAUUUCGGCCCAAAAAACGCGCCAAUUCUUUGCUUUGGCCUUUGGAUAUCUCAUAUCUUGCCACCGGAGGAUGCCGGAGAUGUAUGCGUUCAUCGGAGCAAACCUAACCAUGUUGGAUCCAACAAAUAGGUUCAAUAACAAAAUUUUAACCCAAUAACAAGUGUAUUGUUUUGGUUCUCAACGAACAUGAAAAGGGAACAAGACAAGUAGACAAUUCAAACAAUUCAAGGGUAUUGUUUUGGUUCUCAACGAAAAUGAAAAGGGAAACAAAACUAGAGUACUGGCAGGAGAACUAAUCAACCAAAUAUCCAGAAUAUACUACUGCAGGAGAAAUGAACCACCAUCUUCCUAUGAAUCUUCUAGUUCUGGAUUACGCUCUUUUGGCUUACUUCAAGUGUUGGUUCCACUUGCCAAUAAAGAUCCUUGACUCACUUCUACUGUCACUCCAGGAAUUGGCCAAGUGAAACCACUUCCUAAAGCGUAGUAUAGCGGGUUUGGGUUUAAUUAUCAACCCGGGUCCUAGAUUUGAUGACUACUCAGUGAAUUCUUGUUAUCUAGCAAUGAAACUGGAAUGCAAGUCUAAACUACCAAACAAACAAAGCAAGUAAACUGUUGUAUUCAGGUUAAGAGAGGUCACCCGGAUAUGGUUCCCCCUAGACUGCAGUUAAGCCGGAUUGUAAUUACCAAGUUCAGUUUCUAUGAAAGUUAUACUCCGGAAGGUUCUUAAACAGCCUGAAGUCUCGACUAAAGGUCUUCAGACCCUCUCAAUCUGAGUCUCUAGCGGGCGACUAACCUCCACCGGAGUAAACAGAUUGAGGCCCUAAGAACAAAACCUCCACUACCGGAGUAAAACCGGUACAGAAUAGUGAGUUGGUUCCUCGAAUAAAGUCACCAACUCCCUACCUUCAAUCAAGGAUGCUCUAUCAACCUAGGCAGAUAUUCUCAUUCUAGGUCAAAGCAGAAACAACAGGAAUUUGAUCAGGAUUCAAGUCAUUCAAUCAUUCAAACCUCAAUCGAAUAUAAUCAAAUCAUAGAAUCAAUACUUGGGUUCAUACAAUCAAAGCCUAACAUACAAAUCUAGGGUUCUCCAUACCCAGAUGAAUGGGAGAACUACUCCAUGGAGAAAGAAGCAAAAGCAGAAUCAGACGCGGAAUUCAUAUUGUGAAGGAUGGAUUCCUGCUUCUGGAUGUUGAUCGGCACUUCUCCACGCUCAAACUGGCCUCCAAUGGUGUUGAAGAUCAAUCUAGGGCACUUGGAGACUCUUGUUCGUCGCUUUCUCUCUCUAGGAAUCGUUCUCUCUCUCAAAAACUCGAAUCCCCUUCUGUUUGGUUGAAAAUCUGCUUAAAAGGGCAUCACUGGCCAAAGCACGGUCGAGGGCACAGCCGUGUAAUGCCUCAGCCCGCCCGUGCUUUGGCUAGUGUUAAUUACACGACCAGUGCAAUGGGGGAAACACGGCCGUGUUUCGCGGUGGGCACGGCCGUGCUUUGGAUGGACACGGCCGUGCUUCUGCCCGUGUUUUUAGCCACAAUUUACCCUACUCGACCUUGCUCUCGGCAGUAAAAGCACGGCCACAGAACACGGCCGUGUUCUGUUUUAGGUCUUCCCGUGUUUUGGCUCCAGCUCACCGAAAUGACUUCCGAAUGCCCCGAAACUCGUGCUUAGCCUUCCCUUUGACGCCUGGGACCUGAAAUAUGACAAAAUAGCACAACCCGGCGUAAAAUAGGCCAAAAUACACGACUAUGCCUCUUAAACGGAUAAGAAUUAGGGGUGCAAAUACAUGCAAUUACAUCGUUAUCAAAUUCCCCCACACUUAACCGUUUGCUUGUCCCCAAGCAAACCUAACUCAAACUAAUGUAGCUCUCCAGACCUCUAUAGCAACAAACAACCCAGAUCGUAGGUAGAGGACUUCCUAGAUCAUUUAGCAACUUACGAGGUCAACCGAUGCACAAGUCAUCUCAUAGCUUCUUCGGCGAGAGCACUCGUAUCGAGUCAGCAUCAUAGCAAAUAGUGAACAGAGGACAAAUGAAUCGUGGAUAAAGAGAUUCUCAAAAAUAAAGGAUCAUGGACUCA